AUGAAAAACAAAUAUCUCUUCUCAAACCGGAAGUUAGUGGUGUCGAACGCAAACGAACCAGUUCCGGUAUGCUUCUUCAACACUUAUAAUUCAAAUGAUUUGCAUUUGGUUUUGCUCUUUUUUCCAGGAAGCAGCGAUAUAUUCGUCGACGUUGAUAUUGAAGCUGGCGAGGAAUCGAUUCAUACCGACGCCUUAGUUGAUCUCAACUUCUAUGAUUAUGAUGCGAUGGAAAUGAGUAUUUACGAUGAUUAUUCCGACGACGAGGACAGCCAAUCGAUUGAAUGCGACGUCUCAUUGGAGAACUUAACCGAAAUUGAUGGCAUUCAAGUGUUCCCACCGCCAGAAAACCUUGAGGAAGUUCACAAGAGCAUUUCGCUUCCAUUGAAAAAACCAAAAGAGCAAGAAAUCAAUAAACUGGAAGAGCAGGCGCAUGCUGAUACCGUCAUUGAAACUCAAGAAGUCUCGCUUACCAUUGGAGAACAACACCAGCAAUCCAUUAUUGAACAUCCGAAGUCGAAGGCUGUCGAUGAAUUGGAAACUGAAGUUCUUCUCAUUUGCCAGACGAGCAAGAAUAUUUCGGAUGCGAAAUGGUUCUGUAAUGGAAUGCUGCUGGCCGACGAUGGAACCUGUGAGCAGAUGAUCGCCGACAAUCAAGCAAUUCUUCGUAUACCGAAGUUCUACCAUCACAUGAAAGGAAAAUAUCAUGUGUUGAUUGACAAUUCGAUUGGAAGCCGUCCGGCAAGCCUUGGCGGACCAUCGCAACCAAUAAUAACUAACAAGCUGGAUCAUGCUAUAACACACCAGGCCGGAAAAUCAUUCACGUACAACAUCACGUUCAUCGGCGCCCCACAACCCAAGUGUCGCGUUUUGGUUAACGGUGAACCCGUCGAAUUUGACGUCAAGUACGAUAUUUAUGAAAACAUCGCUUCGGUGCAUAUCCCGAAGUUGCUCAAAGAGCACAGCGGCGAAUAUACGGUGGUGCUCGAAAAUAAGUAUGGAAAGGAUUCGUCUCCACUUCAUAUCACUAUGGUUGACACCCCAUUGAAGCCGCGGAAAGCGAAACUGAUUCGUGUUUCGGAUAUGACUGCAACGAUUCGAUGGAUUGAGCCGCAUUCGGGCGAAUCCGAUAUCAUUCAUUACAUGAUUCAACGAAGAUCGACCGAAACUCGCAGAUGGCGAACAAUUGCAAAGGUGACGAAUCACGAAUAUACGGCUGAAGAAUUGGUUCCAAACGAGUUCUACGCGUUUAGAAUUGUUGGGGUCAAUGACUUCGGCGAAGGAGCGCCUAGUGACAUCAUUGAGGUCAACACGCUCGAUUACGAUCAGGUUGAAGAAUUUGAAUUCUCAACGGAAUCCAAACAAAGUGUAACCGAUGUCACGUUUGAAACCAUUGAACUUAUGACAACCGAGAGUAUGGUGGAUAGCCAAGAAGAGAUGUCAAUUGAGGCUGAUGUAUCAAUUUCUCUGUCCGACGCAGUGACUUCUACCGACUCAUCCCAGACCAACGAGGAAGUUAUAAUUCAGAAGACUAUUGACAAACAGGAAACCGAGAAGAAAAAACUGAAGAAAACAAGGAAACAGAAAGAGAAUGCUCAAGUUACUGAAACUGAACAACCAGUGGCUGCGGAGGUCGAAGUCGAAGUCGUUCAACUUAUCGUAGGGGAAGAACAUCAAGAAGAGAAGAAGAGAAAAGCAGUAAAGGAGAUCAAGGAAGAAGCGGAGGCAACAUUGAAAAAGAAGGCUGAAACAUUCGAAGAAACAAUUGAAGAAAAAGUGACAGACGUUGAUAACACCGCAGUGGAGAUUAAAAAGAAAGAAGCUGAGAAGAAGAGCAAGGAUGAAGCUGAGAAGAAGACAAAAGAAGAAGCUGAGAAGGCCAAGGAUGAAGCUGACAAGAAGGCCAAGGAUGAGGCUGAGAAGAAAGCCAAGACCGAAGCCGAUAAGAAGGCAAAGGAGGAAGUUGAGAAGAAGGCCAAGAGCGAAGCCGAUAAGAAGGCCAAGGAUGAAGCUGACAAGAAGGCCAAAGAUGAAUCUGACAAAAAGGCUAAGACCGAAGCUGAGAAGAAGGCCAAGACUGAAGCUGAGAUGAAGGCCAAGACUGAAGCUGAGAAGAAGGCUAAGGAAGAAUCUGAGAAGAAGGACAAGGAAGAAGCUAACAAGAAGGCCAAAGAUGAAGCUGACAAGAAGGCUAAGUCCGAAGCUGAGAAGAAGGCCAAGACUGAAGCUGAGAAGAAGGCUAAAGAUGAGGCUGAGAAGAAGACCAAGGAUGAAGCUGAGAAGAAGACAAAAGAAGAAGCUGAGAAGGCCAAGGAUGAAGCUGACAAGAAGGCCAAGGAUGAGGCUGAGAAGAAAGCCAAGACCGAAGCCGAUAAGAAGGCAAAGGAGGAAGUUGAGAAGAAGGCCAAGAGCGAAGCCGAUAAGAAGACCAAGGAUGAAGCUGACAAAAAGGCUAAGACCGAAGCUGAGAAGAAGGCUAAGGAAGAAGCUGACAAGAAGGCCAAGGAAGAAGCUGAGAAGAAGGCCAAGACUGAAGCUGACAAGAAGGCUAAGACCGAAGCUGAGAAGAAGGCUAAGGAUGAGGCUGAGAAGAAGGCCAAGGAACAAGCUGACAAGAAGGCCAAGGAAGAAGCUGAGAAGAAGGCCAAGGAUGAAGCGGACAAGAAGGCCAAGGAUGAAGCUGAGAAGAAGGCCAAGACUGAAGCUGAGAAGAAGGCCAAAGAUGAAGCUGAGAAGAAGGCCAAAGAUGAAGCUGAGAAAAAGGCCAAAGAUGAAGCUGACAAGAAGGCCAAAGAAGAAGCUGACAAGAAGGCUAAGACCGAAGCUGAGAAGAAGGCUAAGGAUGAGGCUGAGAAGAAGGCCAAGGAACAAGCUGACAAGAAGGCCAAGGAAGAAGCUGAGAAGAAGGCCAAGGAUGAAGUGGACAAGAAGGCCAAGGAUGAAGCUGAGAAGAAGGCCAAGACUGAAGCUGACAAGAAGGCCAAGGAAGAAGCUGAGAAGAAGGCCAAGGAUGAAGCUAACAAGAAGGCCAAAGAUGAAGCUGACAAGAAGGCCAAAGAUGAAGCUGACAAGAAGGCUAAGACCGAAGCUGAGAAGAAGGCCAAAGAAGAAGCUGACAAGAAGGCUAAGAUCGAAGCUGAGAAGAAGGCUAAGGAUGAAGCUGAGAAGAAGGCCAAAGAAGAAGCUGACAAGAAGGUCAAGACUGAUUCUGGGAAGACUGCACUUGAAGCCCAGAAAACAAAUUCUGAAGCUACCAAGGAAGUUGAGAAAAUCCGGGAAGUCGUUGAGAUGAAAGAAGAAGUUGCUGAGGGAUUAAAGAAGAAAAAGAUUGUAAAAAAAUCAAAAACUUCAAAGAAGGAUGAUGGUAAAAAGUCAAGCGAACAUGUAUCAAAUGUCAGCGACACCAGUUCUGCAUUUGUGUCAGAUUCGGAACUCCAAGCGGACCUUAGUGUCAGCAUUGGAAAUGAAGCGGAUGAUAAUUCGAUUUCUUCAUCAACAACUCUCACAUUGAAGAAAGAAUCUGAUGAAAGCGGAUUUGUCAGUCGAAUUAGUCACGAUGCGGAGGACACUGACAUAUCAGAAUGGAGUGAUUCGCCAUUCACGAGUUCUCCAUCUUCUGUCAAUGUUGCCGAAUUCGGCCAAGACGCCAUCUUCACGGUGUCAUUCUCAAGGAAGCCAAUCUUUGUCAAAUGGAUGCGAAACGAAACCGAAAUUCGCGUCUUAUAUGGCAAAACUGUUGUUCAUACCACCGACGAAUCGUCCACUCUGACCAUCAAAAAUGUUGAUGCGAAGGAUGUUGGAACUAUUUGGGCCCUAUUUGACAAUGAGUACAAGUCGAAGCCAGCGAAGCUUAAUCUCAAAGUUCCGUGCAAGGUUGAGGUCACUUCAACGCUUCCAAAAACAUUGGUCGCUGGACAAAAUCUGGAUCUUACAUUAAAGAUUCAAUCGUACCCAACUCCAACCGAAGUCAAACUUCUUCAUAACAAUGAGAGCCUUCGCGUGAGAGCUGAUGUCACUGAUUACGAUGAUAUGAUAUCGAUCCGCAUGAAAAAGUUGAGUAUGGCCGACAAUGGAGAAAUAGUAGUAGCUAUUUCGAACACCGAGAGUCGCGAUUCCGUCAGAAUUCCGAUCAAUGUUAUCGACGUUCCAAGCAAACCCUCAUCGUUGAGAAUGUUGCAUCGCGAUAAUGCGUCGAUCGAAUUGGAAUGGAGCUCGCCUGAGAAUACAAAUGGAAGCGAUAUCAUCGAGUACAUCGUUGAGAGAAAAACGGUUGAUUCGACGCGAUGGAGAGUGUCGAAUACAGUUGCGUCGAGUAAAGUGAACAUCACUGGAUUGUUCUCCGAAACACUCUACGUGUUCCGAGUGAGUGCUGUAAACGAAGCUGGACAAGGUCCUGUCAGUGAGGUGGUCGAGGUCGAAACACUGUCAGAUGAUCAAGACGACGCGUUCGACGAAAAGCUGCGCGAUCACGAGAAGGAUGGUAAGUUUUGCGAGGAUGACGUUACUAAAGGAAAGAAACAAGCGAAGUCCGUGAAAAAUGAAAUAGUUGAAGAAGCUGAGAAGAAUGAUGAGACAGAUGCUAUUGAAGAUCAGAGUUCGAGCAAGACACAAGAAGAUACUUCAGAAUCCGAUAAACGACAAAACGAGAUUGAAAUUAGUGAAAGCUUCUCUUCUGUGGAAGAACGUGAACACGCUGAAAAACCGCUGACAAAAAGUCUGACGAGAAGCUUGAGAAUCAAAGAAUCUGAUAUCGAUGCCGACGUUGUCGAAGUGGAAACCGCCAGCGAAAGUCCGACAACUCCAACCAAUGAGAAAUCGUUCGAGUUCCAACAGCCGUCGGAAAUCGACGAUGUGAGCUCAUCCAUUCCUCUGAAGAAGGAGACGAAAGGAUCGAUGGCGGUGCAGCAGAAAAAUGUGGCGAAACGAAAACCGGCCGAGUCGAGAGGCUCGUCAAAGUUUGUGCGAACACCGCAGAAGACGCACGAAUCGUCGGAAUUGGCGAUCACGAGCAACGAGUCGGCAAUUGAGAAGCCGUCCGAAGCUGAAGGCGUGGAACAAUUGGCGUCGUCGAAUGUGGAUCAGGAGAAGCUCUCUAUCAUUGACACCAAGAAGGCAUUGAAGAAGCCGCACGAUGACGAUGUCGCCAGAGUGUCGCGAUCGCGAAAGAACAGAGAAGAGAUGGAAUUCUCGGUAACUGCAAUGGAUGAUGAGUUGAGCAAUCAGGAGCAGUGCAACGACGCGGUUGCGAGCAUUGAGGAGCCGGUCGGCAACGAGAAAACGUCUCUGGCGAUUCGCAAUAAAAACGUGUCGAAGAAAAAGAAGACGGCGGAAGAGGAAGAAUCGCUGAGCGUCGGAGACAAUCAGAAGGACAAUAUCAGUUUGUCGAUGCAUGGUCUCAAUGAGAACCUGAGGAAGAGUUCGUUGGAAGAGGCGGCCUCGACUGAUAUGAAGAAUGACGCAAGGGAUUCGACGUCAUUGGCGCUGCAGAAAUCGAAGAAGAGAUUGUCGAAGAAGGAAGAAGAGGAAAGUACUUCAAGCGAACGUGUCGAUGCCAAUCGUGACGCCUCAAGUCUGUCAUUGACAAAUAAACAAAAGUCGUUUAAAAAAGAGCACGCUGAAGGUUGCGAUGAAAUCGAGCUGCCGGAAAAUAUCACGGAAAAUGAGAUUCUAGCGGUCGUCAAUGACAGCGAAGAUCUUCAUAAAGUGCCGCCGAGUCAAGAUUCAUCAUUUGGUGUUUCGCAGAAGCUGAAGGAAAAGGAUCAAUUAUUAGUUAGUGGUGUCAAGAAGCAUUUGAAGAAAGAAGAAGUUGUGAAUGAUUCAUCCGCCGAUUUGAAGGAUGAUAUCAGUGACAAGACGUCUCUAUCAGUUCAGAGCUUGAAAAAGAAGGUAUCAAAUGCUCCAAAAUCGGAAAAAUCGUCGAUUGAUGUCAAAGAAAAAAUCAGCGACUCGACAGAAUUAUCGGUUCAGAAUUUGAAGAAGAAGCUGGCGAAGAAGGAACAGAAUGAGAAGAUUGAUUCUGAUGUAGUUGUGAAGACCUCGGACGAGACAUCAUUUGCCUUGCAGUCUUCUACAAAAAGUGUCACAAAAGCUGAUGAUGAGGAGAGGUCCGUUGCAAAAUUGGCGGAAACGACUCGAGAACAAGUGCGGAUGGCAGUCGAUGAUGUCGAUGCGAGUCUUUCGAAAGAUCCCUCGUCGGCGAAAGCCGCAAAGACGAAAACUCAAAAGAAGCAGAAGAAAGAUAAAUUGGCUCUUUCCGUUGUUGAAGCUGGCAAGAAACUGACGAAAAAUGAAGAUGAAGAUUCGACUUCGAUUGCAGUUCCAAAUGAAAACAAAGAUCGUUCGGGAAUGAGCAUUCUUGAUGCCAAUAGGGCGUUAGAGAAAAAUCAAGAAGAAGCAGAAACUUUGAUCGAUGUUUCCGAAUGCACUGCUAAGGAUUCAGCGGAAUAUUCAGAGUAUGGAACCAAGGAGACGCUGCAGAAGCCGCCACAGAAAGGAGAGACGUUGGUUGAUGUUGAAUAUGAUCCAACAGAAUCGACAUCAUAUUCAUCACAAGAGAUGAGAAAGAAAAUGUCAAAGGAAGGCUCGAAGGAAGCUAACGAUGCUCAACUGAAAGAAGCACAGAAGGAGGCAACAUCGAUGGCCUUGCACAAGAAGAAUAUCGAGUUAUCGAAAUCAGCAGAUGAUAGUGGAAAUGUUGAAGCCGAUGUUCAUGCCGAUGCUUCGGAAGCUACAUCACUAUCUGAACUUAGUAUGAAGGCGAAACUUAAGAACAGGGAGUCGGAAGAAUCCGCCGAUGUAAAUGUUGGAAGAAGAAGUGCUGAGGAAUCGCUAUCGAUUCAAGAUGUCGACAAGCAAUUUAUCAAAGAAACGUCAAAUGAUUCUGCCGAAUCGAAAGUUGGAAAGAACAAAAAUACAUUUGAGCUUUCAUUGAAUGAUGUCUCGAAAGAUUUGAAAUCCGAUUUGGAGGAGGCUGAAGCUAGCGUUGAAUUCGGCGAUUAUGCUGGAUCGAAGGAUUCGGCAAAAUUGGAUGUUGAAGCAGGAAUCAAAUCAGAAGGAAAAUCGACUGAAAAUGAUGGCGACCAAUCAAAGAAAGUAUCAAAGAUCAAAAAAGAAGAAGAGAAGGAUUCGGCGAAAUCGAAGAAAGCUGCAGCCAAGAAAGGAAAACCGAAACAUGCAAAUGACAAAGAAGCUUCAAGAAAGUUGGAAGAGGAUAUUGACGAGAAAUCAAUCGAUGAGAGAUCCAAAAAUGUUGAUAUUUCGGCUCAACCAGAAAAUAAUGACCAUAGCAAGAGUGAGAAGGUCAAUGAGGAGGAAACAUUUUCAUCGGAAUCAUUGAAUGCUUCUGGAAAGAAUGAGAACGCGGAAAAGACCGUGAGGGAUCGUGAUGGCAAAACGAGAAGUGCCACCAAAUUCAGUGAAAUGACAUUGGCUCCGGAACUCAGACACCAAUCGCAACAUGAAAAUGUUGAAGUGAACGCUGCACUGAAUGACAACACUGGGGAUCAGAUGACAUUGAAUGAGACAAAUAUUGCUAUUGGAAAUGAUGAAAGUGUGGACUGCGCGGUGAGUUCUCUGCAAAAGACACUCACGGAAACAGAUGAGCUCUCAACGGUGGAUUCUUCGGAGGAAUUGCGAAAGCAAGACGGCAGUGAUUCCGCUGCCACUGUCAUUCCAGAUAAUGAGAUCAAAUCGUGUUCAUAUGAAGAGCGUGGAAGGAGAGUUGCUAAAAAGAAGAAGGCGGAUAGUGCUGAGAAGACGCAUAUAGUAGAUGAUCCGACGAAUGAUCAAACCGAGUAUUCGGAGACACGGAAAAUCGAGAAAAUUGGAAGGAAAUCGGAGGAAGGCGUCGUUGAAGUGCGUACGAAUGAUUCUGAAAAGCAGUCUGUGGAAGCUUCUUUGUUGGAUGGCGGCAAGAAGGAGCAGAAGGAUGAUAGUGAAGCCCAUAUAACUCCUGUUUUGAAGAAGAAGGAGGACAUGCAAUCAGCGAGAAGGACGAUCGGUGAGCAAUUGGAGAAGCAUGUCUCGUUCAGCGAGCAAACGACUUCUUUCAAAAUGACAGCUUCGGAAGAAUCUGAAGGCUAUGACACUUCUGAAGCGGUUUCGGAGAUUGAACGCGAUUCUUUGGCUCUUCGCAAUGCUUCGUGCUCUCUUGAGAGCAAAGAAGAGAGCGAACCGAUUGGGACAACGAUGAGCGACAAGAUGGAAGUGAAAGAUAGUCUUGAUGUGAAGGCGCCGCAAAAGAGUUUCACGUUGCGCAUCAGCCAAUCGGACACCAUCGAUGAUGAUGAUGAUCAUGAGAAUGCAUCAGAAGGAACGUCAUCGAGCGAGGUGAAGAAAAAGAAGAAGUUCAUCAUCUCGGCGAUAUCACAAGAUAUGGAAUACAGCGAUGCCGAGAGUAUCUCGUUUGACGAGAACGGCGCCAGGGUUGAGAGGCGGACGAGAAGAAAGGAAUCGAAGAAAUAUGAUCUAUUGAGUGAUCGAAAACCGGCAUUUGAGAAGAAGAUGCAAUAUAUUGGAUGCAUUGAAGGUGAUCAUGUCCGAUUCUCGAUUAAAGUGGUUGACGAUGAUGUUCCAUUGGUCCGAUUGUACCGAAAUGAUAUUCCGGUGGAAAAUUUUGAGAGGAUGUCGUUCGAUGGGCACUCAAUUCUCGACACCCACACGUUCAACGUCACAAUUGCCGACAUUCGAAAAAUCGACGGCGGAAAAUUGGUGUUCGAGGCGAAGAAUGACUAUGGCGUCGACAAGUGCACGAUUCUUCUCGACGUUCGCGACAGCGGCUCGUUUGUCGACGAUGUCGCCGAGCAAUAUGAAUCGGCGCAGAUUGUCAAACCGUUGUCGGACACGCGUGUCAAGGAGGGUGAGAAUGCGACGCUCACUGGAAAAGUUGACGGCUACCCGUUGCCGGAAUUGAUUUGGAUUAAGAACGGAAAAGAAAUUGACAUGAUGGGACCAUCGACGAAAUAUCAACUCGAAUAUCAUUCAGACGGCGAAUUCGAAGCCAGAAUCGCGAAUUGCACGUUCGAAGACGACGAUGAUUACAGUCUUUUGGUUGAAAAUCUUGCUGGUGUCGAUAGCUGCAACUUUCAAGUAUUUGUUGAUUGCAAAAAAUAUCCCGACAAUGAGCACUUCAAUCGACGUCGUCGCCUUCAACGAAGUCGCCGAAUUGAGGCGUCGUCAGAUUCUGAACUUGAGGAUCAGAAGAAGAAAAAGAAACGUUGUCGUACGAAAAAGGUCGUCGAAAGGAAGAACCCGAACGCGCCACGUCUCACGCAAUUGAUUCCGCCUCGAUUUGACAAGAUUCUAUCGGAUCAUGACGCGCUUGUUGGAGACAAUGUGAUCAUGAUGGUCGAGACUCUUGGAGAACCUGAGCCAAAAGUUCGCUUCUUUAGAGACGGAAAGCUUAUUAACGAUAGCAAUGAUGAGAGGAUUCAAGUGAAGCAUGAAGAGGAACAACGAAAACAUUGGCUGAUUCUAAAGGAUAUUUGCAAAGAUGAAGAAGCUGAAUAUGCGUGCCAGGCGAUUAAUGUUGCAGGAGAAGCUUGGUGCUUCUCUGAUGUCUUUGUCCAUUUGUCCGAAGAAACUCUUGAUCAAGCCAUACGAGAUGAGCCCAAAGAUGACACAGGUGGACUUGAAUCUGAGGAGAAGAAGAAAGGAAAGAAGAAACAAGCCAAAAAGACAAAGAAAUCAGUGGCUGAAGAAAACGAAAUUACUAUGAAGGCUGACGACGAAAAAGACAUUCCGGAAGUGCAAGAGACCAGGAAAGCGGUUGUAGACAAGGAUGAAACUGAAAAGAGUCAGAAGAAAGAAUUGGACGACCUUGUCGAGGCUAAGACAGAAAUAGAUGAGAAGAUGCACCAUGAGAAGGCCAAGGAAGAAGCUGAUAGGAAGGCCAAGAUAGAUGCUGACAAGAAGGCUAAGGAUGAGGCUGAGAAGAUGGCCAAGACCGAAGCCGAUAAGAAGCCCAAGGAAGAAGCUGACAAGAAGGCUAAGGAUGAGGCUGAAAAGAAGGCCGAGUCUGAAGCAGAGAAGAAGGCUAAGGCUAAGACUGAUAAGAAGACGAAGACCGAAUCUAACAAGACCAAGGCUGAGGCUGACAAGAAGUCCAAAGAUGACGCCGAGAAGAAGGCAAAGGAAGAACAAGUUGACAAGAAGGCUAAGACCGAAGCCGAUAAGAAGGCUAAGGAAGAAGCUGAGAAGAAGGCUAAGGAUGAGGCUGAGAAGAAGGCCAAGACCGAAGCCGAUAAGAAGGCUAAGGAUGAGGUUGACAAGAAGGCCAAGACCGAAGCUGACAAGAAGGCUAAGGAUGAGGCUGAGAAGAAGGCUAAGACCGAAGCUGAGAAGAAGGCCAAGACCGAAGCUGACAAGAAGGCUAAGGAUGAAGCUGAGAAGAAGGCUAAGGAUGAGGCUGAGAAGAAGGCUAAGACCGAGGCUGACAAGAAGGCCAAGGAUGAAGCUGACAAGAAGGCUAAGGAAGAAGCUGAGAAGAAGGCUAAGGAAGAAGUUGAGAAGAAGGCUAAGGAAGAAGCUGAGAAGAAGGCUAAGGAUGAGGCUGAGAAGAAGGCCAAGGAAGAAGCCGAGAAGAAGGCUAAGACAGAAGCGGGCAAGAAGUCCAAAAUGGAUGCUGAGAAGACCAAAGCUGAAGCUGACAAAAUAACAAAGGUGGAAUCUGAUAAGAAGACUAAGGUGGAAACCGAGAAGAAGCUCAAGACCGAUAGUGAUAAGGAAAAGGAAGAAGCUAAUAAGAAGGCCAAAAAUGAGGUUGAUAAGAAGACGAAAGCCGAUGCGGAGUUGGAUAAAAAGAGAAAGGAAGGUGCCAUGAAACCUAAGACUGAAGUCAAGAAAAAGACAAAGGAGGAUAAGCUAGAAGUUGCUUCGACUGCAGACGAUAAAAAGAACGAAGAAGAUAAAAAUUCCGCCGAAGCCACUAUCGAUAGCGCAGAAGAAAAGAAAAAGAAAACGAUUCCAAAACCAUUGUUCAUUCCUGAUGAAAUCAGUUCCCGAUUUGGUGAUCCGAGCACAAUUCGGUCGGAAACUAAUAUUACUACAACUAUUAGAGGUCGUGAAGGAAGUGCAGACGCUGUGACACCAUUGAAAGAGCCACUUUCAGCUAGUGUCACCAUGAAGGUUGAAAGUGCUAAAGAUAAAGCAGAGUUCUCUUUCAAACGAAGAUCCGAAACUCCAGAUGACAAAAAUAGAAAGAAAGACGGGCUUCCACCUGUGACAGGAAAACAGGCGGAACUUGAAAAACAUGAGAAAUCACAAGAUGAAAACAAAGAUCAAAAGAAUGAGCAGAUUGCAAAAACAGAAUCUGACAAGAAAGCAACGACUAAAGCCGAGAAGAAGGCUAAGGAAGAAGCUGAGAAGAAGGCCAAGGAAGAAGCUGAGAAGAAGGCCAAGACUGAAGCUGAGAAGAAGGCCAAGACCGAAGAUGAGAAGAAGGCCAAGGAAGAAGCUGAGAAGGCCAAGGAAGAAGCUGAGAAGAAGGCUAAGGAUGAAGCUGACAAGAAGGCUAUGACCGAAGCUGACAAGAAGGCCAAGGAUGAAGCUGACAAGAAGGCUAAGACCGAAGCUGACAAGAAGGAAGCUGACAAGAAGGCUAAGGAAGAAGCUGACAAAAAGGUCAAAGAUGAAGCUGACAAGAAGGCCAAGACCGAAGCUGAGAAGAAGGCCAAGGAAGAAGCUGAGAAGAAGGCCAAGGAAGAAGCUGAGAAGAAGGCCAAGGAAGAAGCUGAGAAGAAGGCCAAGACUGAAGCUGAGAAGAAGGCCAAGGAAGAAGAUGAGAAGAAGGCCAAGGAAGAAGCUGAGAAGAAGGCCAAGGAAGAAGCUGAGAAGAAGGCUAAGGAUGAAGCUGACAAGAAGGCUAAGACAGAAGCUGACAAGAAGGCCAAGGAUGAAGCUGACAAGAAGGCCAAGACCGAAGCUGACAAGAAGGCCAAGGAUGAAGCUGACAAGAAGGCCAAGACCGAAGCUGACAAGAAGGCCAAGGAUGAAGCUGACAAGAAGGCCAAGACCGAAGCUGACAAGAAGGCCAAGGAAGAAGCUGAGAAGAAGGCCAAGACCGAAGCUGACAAGAAGGCCAAGGAAGAAGCUGACAAGAAGGAUGAAGCUGACAAGAAGGCCAAGGAUGAAGCUGACAAGAAGGCCAAGGAUGAAGCUGACAAGAAGGCCAAGACCGAAGCUGACAAGAAGGCCAAGGAAGAAGCUGACAAGAAGGCCAAAGAUGAAGCUGACAAGAAGGCCAAGACCGAAGCUGACAAGAAGGCCAAGGAUGAAGCUGACAAGAAGGCCAAGGAUGAAGCUGACAAGAAGGCCAAGGAUGAAGCUGACAAGAAGGCCAAGGACAAGAAGGCCAAGGAUGAAGCUGACAAGAAGGCCAAGACCGAAGCUGACAAGAAGGCCAAGGAUGAAGCUGACAAGAAGGCCAAGGAUGAAGCUGACAAGAAGGCCAAGACCGAAGCUGACAAGAAGGCCAAGGAUGAAGCUGACAAAAGGCCAAGGAUGAAGCUGACAAGAAGGCCAAGACCGAAGCUGACAAGAAGGCCAAGGAUGAAGCUGACAAGAAGGCUAAGGACCGAAGCUGACAAGAAGGCCAAGGAUGAAGCUGACAAGAAGGCCAAGGAUGAAGCUGACAAGAAGGCUAAGACCGAAGCUGACAAGAAGGCCAAGGAUGAAGCUGACAAGAAGGCCAAGGACCGAAGCUGA